AUGAUGUCACACGGAGGCCUGAUCGAUGUAGCUGGUGACAACAAAACGGUCGUACCGCUCUACGCGAAUGCGACGCAGAGGAACGUAUCGGCGGCGACGUUGGGCGGUAGAAACGAGGACCUCGCGAAGCUCGAGAUCGCACUGCAGGCCCUGAUGGUGUGCAUGGCCGUCGUCGGCAACUCGUGCGUACUGCUGGCGCUGCGGCUUCGUAGGGGCAAGCUGUCGCGCAUGCACUACUUCAUCAUGCAUCUGAGUAUCGCCGACCUGUUCGUCGCCUUCUUCAACACGUUUCCGCAGCUGAUGUGGGACAUCACGUUUCGCUUCCAGGGCGGCAACUUCCUCUGCAAGUUCGUCAAGUUCGUGCAGGUCUUCUCGCUCUACUACUCCACCUACGUGCUCGUCGUGAUGGCCAUCGACCGCUUUCAGGCGAUCUGCCGGCCGCUGGCGAGCAUGUCGUGGACGGCGACGAAAGCGAACCUGAUGGCCGGCGCCGCGUUAACUCUGUCGGCCGUCAUCAGCCUUCCGCAGGUGGUGCUCUUCUCCUACCAGGAGAUCCCCGGACUCGGCAUCUACGACUGCUGGGUGCUGUGGAAGCACGCGUGGAGCGCGACGUUCUACGUCUGCUGGUUCGUCGUCUCCGUCUUUUUCAUUCCGAUCAUCAUCCUCAUCGUCUCCUACAGCUGCAUCUGCUUUACCGUCUGGAAGAACAUCCACGAUAAGACGUGCGCGCCGAAGCGAGACCUGCAGGGUGUGCGAACCAACACUGUCAAGACGAUCAAUCCGAGAACGCAUUCGUCGAGGAACCUGUCGAAUGCGAAGAUCAAGACGGUGAAGCUGACGCUGGUCGUCGUGCUUAGUUACAUCUUCUGCUGGACGCCGUAUUUCACCGGAACAAUGCUUUUCGUCUUCUGCGAAGAAAAGGCACAAAUCUACCUGGGCAAUACUGGCCUGACUAUCCUCACACUGUUGGGUAGCCUUAACUCGUGCACAAAUCCCUGGAUCUACAUGGCAUUCAGCGGCAACCUCUGUCGAAACCUGCAACGAGUCUGGCGACGCGACUGCAAGGAGCUUUACAGCGGAGGCAGCAGCACGAUGAGAACGCGGAUGUCGCACAUGAGCGAGAGCCAUAGUGUUGGCUAUCAUGACGUCACCAGCAGCGUGACGCGACCCCGACUACAGGGAGACGGUCAGGUUGGAACCAACGGUACCCAGCUCGCAGAUGAGAGAAGAAACCUGUGUAUGUCGGCUAACAAACAACUUAUGGAUGAAAUGCGAAAGUCGAAGGACAGUUUAUCAGCUGGCGUUGGUAUUGCAAACAGUGACGAUGCAUAUAAGGAAACAAUUGAACUGAAGCCUUUGGGAACUUCGGAUUGA